ACAAUGCACUUCGCUUAGAUGGUAGAUGGAAUGGCGCCUUUACCGGAGGAGGCGGAACUGUAAUUCACGACCAUAACAUUCAUUUCAAGACAGCUAUUGUGUAUCUUGUUCUCACCGUGCAUAUUAAAUAUUUGAUUCCUUUUAUCGGGGAGAUCACUGCACGUGUAUGAUGGCUCCGUUCAGUUUGAUGUCAGUCGGUGCUAAUCUUUUGGUAAAGUCUUUGGGUUUGUUUUCGAGUGCAUCUGUUGUGAGGUGUUCAUGUGUAGCUCCAGUGUUAAAGAGUUUUAGCACCACAACCGGGGGUCCACCUAAGAGACCCCUGACAGCAUACAUGACAUUUGUGAAAGAGAUGCAUCCCACCAUCAGCAGACAAAAUCCAGGAAUCAAAAAUGUGGAUAUUGUCCGAAAGUUAGCACAGCAGUGGAAAAUGCUGACUCUUGAACAGAAGCAGCCAUUUCAGGAUGCAUCUUCAGCAUCCAGGGAGCAAUAUAAGCUUGUUCUGGAGAAAUACAAAGCCCAACUGACUCCUGCACAAACUGCUGCUCUUGCAGUAGAAAAACGACAAAAAGUGGUCAAAAGAAAAGCAAUUAGGAGAAAGAAGGAGCUGAACAGUCUUGGCAAGCCCAAACGUCCCAGGAGCGCCUUCAACAUCUUCAUGUCGGAGCACUUUGAGGAGGCAAAAGGAACUAAUAUGCAGACGAAGAUGAAGUCUCUGAGAGACGACUGGGAGCGUUUCAGUGCAACACAGAAACAAAUGUACAUUCAGCUGGCAGAGGAUGACAAAGUCCGUUACAAGAACGAAAUAAAAUCGUGGGAGGAGCACAUGAUAGAGAUCGGAAGGGAAGACCUUGUUCGGAGAAAGGAGAGGAGAGCCAUCAAAGCCAAAACCACUAAAGACAUAAAGAAGAAAUCCAAAGUAAGAGUGCUAAAGGCAAAAGCACCAAAAAAGAAGACUGGAACAGCAGUGAAAAAGACUGUGGAGAGCACCAAGAAGUGAAAUGAUGUAUGUGACUCUGUUAGACAGAGCAUGUUGUACAAAGGUCAGUACCGUCCUCAAUAAAAAAGCCUGUGCUUUCCGU